AUGGCCGACUCCCUCACCGAAGAGCAAGUCUCCGAGUUCAAGGAGGCCUUCUCCCUCUUUGACAAGGACGGCGAUGGUCAAAUCACGACGAAAGAGCUUGGCACUGUUAUGCGGUCUCUGGGACAGAACCCCUCCGAAUCGGAGCUCCAGGACAUGAUCAACGAGGUUGACGCCGACAACAACGGAACCAUCGACUUCCCUGAGUUCCUUACCAUGAUGGCUCGCAAGAUGAAGGACACCGACUCUGAAGAGGAAAUCCGUGAGGCCUUCAAGGUCUUUGAUCGCGACAACAACGGCUUCAUCUCCGCCGCUGAGCUGCGUCACGUCAUGACCUCGAUCGGCGAGAAGCUUACCGAUGACGAGGUUGACGAGAUGAUCCGUGAGGCUGAUCAGGACGGCGAUGGACGGAUUGACUACAACGAGUUCGUCCAACUCAUGAUGCAGAAGUAA